UACUCAGUAACACCAGUGUCAUUUCACUAUGGCGAAGGGGCUGUAAACAAAUGCGGUGGAAAAGCCCGUCCUCUAUGUGAAAAAUAGGUUAGAGUUGCUUUAACGAUGAUUUCGCGUUUAGUUGGAUAUGUUAACAUAGUACGGACGCAGAAAUGUGUGAAAGUGAUGCAGACAAAACGCGGACCAUCCGAGUAACAUGGACAUCAACAUCAAACCUUCACCACUAAACCUCUUCCAAAUACACCAUUUAUCCUGUUAGUCCGGAUCUGUUUUAGGUUGAAAUCAUGUUGACAGGGUCCAAAACCACCUUUAAAGUCAGACAGAUGGUACCGGACAUGAAGGAGAGGAUGAUGAGCCACAGUAGCCUUCAUGCACGGGGCAGAGAUGUGCUCGGCCUCUGCUGUUUACCAGGAGAGUGUGUGCUGCAGCGGGCCGUGCUGGUAAGGAAGAAGCUGUCGGCUAAGGAAGGAGGAGGCUGGUUGUCUGGGACUCUGUUCUGCACUCAUUUCAGAGUAGCCUUCGUGCCUCAGGACAGCCAGAAACCUGACGAUAAUGCAGAUCCCGUGCUGCUUGGAGAUCAUGACGUAGCUCUUGCCUCUAUUGAAAAAGUUGUGGCAGUGGGACCGUCUCGCACCAAACUCGUGACCCCUACCUGCUCUCUGAAGUUCACCCCGGAGGAACUGGUGUUAUACUGCCGAGACCUGCGUGUUCUCUGCUUCCUGUUCGACAGACUCACACCUGAUACUCAAGCUGUGGAGAUUACGUAUACCAUUGCUAAGACCUACCAGCCACUGAAACCUGGGACCAUCCUCUCCUUCCAGAAUGCUGCUUUGGGUAGUAUUGAAAUGAAGCAGUUUCUAAGCAACAGGCGGCGUGACCCUACCAUGAACUGGUUCGAGAGUUCAUUGGGUUGGGAGCAGGAGCUGGAGAGGACAGGUGCCACCGGCUGGAGGGUCAGCUCUGUCAAUGACCGCUUUGAGAUGUCCACCAGUCUGCCCAGAUUCAAUGUGGUUCCUCAGAGGGUCCUAGACACAGAGCUCAAGAAAACAUUUGCCCACUUCAAUGAGGGACGCAUCCCACGAUGGUGCUGGCGACAUCCACGCGGCAGCGACUUACUACGAAUGGCCAGCUUCCAAAAUAACAUCUACCAUGAGAAGGACGACAUCAGGAACCUGGAGUUGGUGCUCUUUGGCGGACAGCAGCUGUGUGUGAUUGUGGAUCUGGGAGAGGAAAUGCCGUCACCUGCAGAUAUCCAACUGGCUCACACGAGACUCCGGACUCUUUGUCUAGGCGACAUUUCAUCAUCUGUAUCGGUACCUGAUGACAAGUGGCUCUCCACACUUGAAAGCACUCGCUGGCUCGACUAUACCAGGUGCUGUCUGAGAAAAGCCGCAGAGGUCGCUUGUUUGCUCAGAGGAGGUCACAUGACUGUUGUUCUCCAAGGUUAGUCACACUGAUCAUUAACGGUCACCUGACCCGAAUCUGAACUUUGCACCCCACUAGCACACAAUGACUUGUGUGUCUUUACUGUUUACACACAUACAGCAAAAUCCAAUAUGUGCUGAAUAUCAGUGAGAAAAACAGAAAUUAAUAUAACCUUUGGCCUUUGAGUGUGCACUACUGUUCAAACGUGUUUUAAAGAGGCCAUAUUAUGCCCUUUUUCAAAGUCUAGAUUUUGUUUUUUGGGGUCUGCUAGAAUAGGUUUUCAUGUUUGAAUGUUCAAUAAACAUGAUUUUUCUCAUAUUUUACAGUGUUGCGGCACCUCUAUUCUGAGUCUGUCAGUAACGCUCUGUUUAGUUCCUGUCUCUAUG